CUCCUCCCUCAUCCUCGCCGACUGGAAGCAGGUCGAGCAAUCGAUCAUCGAUGAAGCCCAUGGCCAUCCUCCCCUCCCCUCACGUGUGGGUUCCCGCCGGUGCGAAAUCCUCUCUCUCCGCCGCCGUCGCCGCCUCGUCCUUAUCUUCAUCAACAGCAAGCUGUCGGAGAGGCUCGGGGUUAAUCUCUGGCUCAGGGAGGACUUGCAGCCAGACUGCUAUCAAUAAGCCACUUUCUAUUUAUAAUGAUGAAAACGCUGCAUCAAGGUGUCAGCCUGAAAAUCAGAAGAGCAAUGACAGUAGUUGGCGCACACUUGGAUCCCGAGCAGAUAGAAACAAAGAAAACACCUCAGCCCCUACCGUUUGGUCAUCAUAUAAGGUUCCAUAUAAAACGGGCACUCGAGUGGUCCCAACACCUUCAAGCAUGCGCAUUGAGGUGUUUGUUGAUAAGGAAUCUGCAGAGUAUAUGUUACCCUACAAUGUUCAUAUUUGUGUUUAUUGACAUGACUAUAUGUAUUUUUUUUAAUUCUGUAAAUAAGAAUCGAGAGCAUGUAGGAUGCAUGAUUAUAAACCUAGAGCAAAUAAAAUGAGGUAUUACAUUUAUAAUUGUGUAUAUUUAUUGAUCCAGUUAAGGUUUAUGCACAAUGUAGAGAUGAAAAGUAAUAGGAACCAUGCUAUACCUAUACAUAUUAAUUAUAUGGAAAAGAUCGUUAGAUAAAAGCUUUUUGUAUGUG